ACGAGACAUGUGUUUGUCGUAUGACAUCACUGAUAUUAUGGUGGAUGCACCCCUAGUGUAGGACGUUGCAGUGUUCACAAAUGACAUUCACAGACGUUUAAGAAGGUGACGGUGUAUUGUUUACAGGUGGAAACAUGGCACUAUCAAGACAUCCAGGCAUUGCCAGCAGCGUUACUACGAAGUGCACAAAGUGUGCGACCACAUUUGGUCAUGCCAACCACCCCCGUCUUCUUAAGUGUCUUCACGGAAUAUGCAGCUCAUGUUUAACAGAUCUUAGCAGUUUGGGUCCAGAAGUAAAGUGCCCUGUCUGUGACGAUAAAACAAAUGUGAAGGACAGUAGAGCUGCCCUUUCUCUUCCAGUUGACUACGCCACUCUCAAGGCCAUCCUGUUUUUAGAACUUACAGAUUCCCAGGGAAAGAUUAAAUGUGAUAAAUGCCCCAAGGAGGACAACGCUACAUCCAGAUGUCUUGACUGCCGCAUGUACAUGUGUGACACGUGUAAACUUUUCCAUGAACGUUUUUCCAAAUACUUCUCAGAAAAACAUGUCGUUGUUGCAUUGGCAGACCUCCUGGAAAAGCCAGAUAUCAUCAUCAGUGAGAACAAGCAAUGCGAUUACCAUUGGAUGAAGGAAACAUUCUUCUGCAAGACAUGUGAAGUGCCUGUAUGUUCAUCCUGCCUGAGAAUCACCCACGCCAGGCAUACCGCAUUAGACAUUAAGAACCCACACGAUAAAGCAACAGGAAAAGUGUCAAACAUUAAUAUAAAAUUGAUCAAUGAUCAAUCGGACAUUGCGUCUUCCCGACGGGUUUUCAGUCACAAAGUCGAAGAUGUCAACAUAAAGAUAGCCAACAAGGUCAACGAUAUUGGAGAGACGUUCCACCAAGUAAUUCAAACAUUAGAAGAACGAAAGAGAUUCCUUCUUAGUAAGGUCCAAGAGAAUGCUGGUGAAGAGCUUGAGAUCAUCACAGGGAAGAUGGGUGAUGUUAGGUCCAGAAUAAGGAGAUCCAAAGAUGCUUUAUCCAAGAGUGAAUCUGUUCUCCAAGAAUGUGCAGCUGCUGACAUUAUAACAAUGAAGGAUGUCAUUACGUCCCGGCUGGUUCAACUACAGAAGGAAGCGCCUCUAGUAUUCAUCGUUAAGAACAUACAUCUUGAGAGGACAGGGUUUGAUACAACUGAAAAAUUAGUAUCCAAAUUGUGUUACGUGUCAGACGAUAUGAAGUCAUCAGCAGCACCGAAGACUCGACAUUUUGAUUUUCGUGACAUGCCAAUAUGAUAUAUCAGAUGGCGACCAAAUACAAUGUAAAGUCGGUUUGUAUUCAGUUCUAUUCUUGACUGUACUUCUUGGGAUAUAUUCAAUAGCAAGACCCAUUUCCCUUCAGAAUGAUCUCGCGGUUCUAACAAGCAUGAUUUGGGUCUAUUUGUUUUCCUCUUGAUGACACCAGAAUGAGCUGAUUGUGUUGGAACAAUGAGCAUGUAGUAUGAUUUGGGUUUAGUUAAUAGUUUUUCCCUUUACUGACCCCAGAAUGAGCUGAUUGUGUUGGAGCAAUGUGCAUGUAGUAUGAUUUGGGUUUAGUUCAUAGUUUUUCCCUUGAUGACCCCAGAAUGAGCUGAUUGUGUUGGAACAAUGAGCAUGUAGCAUGAUUUUGGUUAAGUUCAUAGUUUUUCCCUUGAUGACCCCAGAAUGAGCUGAUUGUGUUGAAACACUGUGCAUGUAGUAUGAUUUGGGUUUAGUUCAUAGUUUUUCCCUUGGUGACCCCAGAAUGAGCUGAUUGUGUUGAAACAAUGUGCAUGUAGUAUGAUUUUGGUAUAGUUCAUAGCUUUUCCCUUGAUGACCACAGAAUGAGCUGAUUGUGUUGAAACAAUGUGAAUGUAGUAUGAUUUUGGUUUAGUUCACAGUUUUUUCCCUUGAUGACCCCAGAAUGAGCUGAUUGUGUUGGAACAAUGUGCAUGUAGCAUAAUUUUGGUUUAGUUCACAGUUUUUUCCCUUGAUGACCCCAGAAUGAGCUGAUUGUGUUGGAACAAUGUGCAUGUAGUAUGAUUUGGGUUUAGUUCAUAGUUUUUCCCUUGAUGACCCCAGAAUGAGCUGAUUGUGUUGGAACAAUGAGCAUGUAGCAUGAUUUUGGUUAAGUUCAUAGUUUUUCCCUUGAUGACCCCAGAAUGAGCUGAUUGUGUUGGAACACUGUGCAUGUAGUAUGAUUUGGGUUUAGUUCAUAGUUUUUCCCUUGGUGACCCCAGAAUGAGCUGAUUGUGUUGAAACAAUGUGCAUGUAGUAUGAUUUGGGUAUAGUUCAUAGCUUUUCCCUUGAUGACCCCAGAAUGAGCUGAUUGUGUUGGAACAAUGUGCAUGUAGUAUGAUUUGGGUUUAGUUCAUAGUUUUUUCCCUUGAUGACCCCAGAAUGAGCUGAUUGUGUUGGAACAAUGUGCAUGUAGCAUAAUUUUGGUUUAGUUCAUAGUUUUUUCCCUUGAUGACCCCAGAAUGAGCUGAUUGUGUUGGAGCAAUGUGCAUGUAGCAUGGUUUGGGUUUAGUUCAUAGUUUUUCCCUUGAUGACCCCAGAAUGAGCUGAUUGUGUUAUAACAAUGUCCAUGUAGCAUGACUGGGAUCUAUUUUCUGUUUACCUCUUUACUGGAUUCCGGACGUUCAUCUGGAUUAUAUGCAGAAACUAUGCUCUGAUGAUCGGUUAGAGUGUAGAUAAGUAAUCAGGGGUUUAUUGUGAUUAAUCGUAUUAAAUGAUCAAAAUAUUCAAAUCCAGUUAAUAUAUCUCCUAUCAUCCUAUGAUGGAAAUGAUUUUGUUGAUGAAAUGGCAACAUCUUGAAUGUAACUUUAAAUGGAUAUGAUGCUGUUUAGUUUCAUGCUGUUUCAUUAGGACGAUAGUUCUAGAUAGGGUAUUAUUAGCUGGCAUGUGCAGGUGGGUAGUUUUAGGAAAAUACGACUUUGUUAGGUUAGGAUUUCUGAAAACGACCGUAAGAAGAUACGAUCUACACAUCCCUUCAAUAGAUAGAUAGAUAGCGGUAUAUUAUUUUUUUCUAGGUCGUCUUGCUACUGGGUGGUAGGGUUGAAACGUUAUUUCAGUGUGUUUGUCUUGGUCUUAACUGUCAGGAGGUAUACUUUAGUAUUUCUCAUGAAUUACCCCAAGCCGAGAUACUCUAAGGUGAUAACUAAUCACUACAUCCGAAUUAAUUGCUUGAUCAGCAUUCUAGUGUCAAUAAUAAAACACACAACUUGAUGGAUGAUGUGUGCAAUAAUCAAGAAAUUGUUAUCUUUAAAGUUGUUUGUUUUAUUAUUCACAGCCGAAUUGAUUGACUAUCUAUGCAACUGGUCAAUUGUCUUUUCGUUUGGUUUUGUUUGUCUGUUGUUUAACGCCAAUAUCCCAGCUAUAAGACGGCAGUUUGUAAAUAAUCGAGUUUGGGUCAGACAAUCCAGUGAUUGACAUCGUGAGCAUCCCUCUACUCUACUGAAA